CACUUCGCCAAGACUCAUGGUGGGAUUAGUGAUAACCUCCUUGAUAAUAUGGAUGACUUGCCAGGUGACAGCAGAUUUACAUGGUCAAUCAUCAUGCGUUCGCUCCACCACAGUAUGUAACAAACACGUAGAAAACAAUAGAAACAAUAUAGAAAUCAACGGAAACGAUACAAAACCUAACAUAAUUAUCGGAUUUUUGGGUACUUUUUCAUACGAAGGUGGCAUCGCUAAAUUAAUCGCUGGUGCCAUACCGUAUGCAGUCGAUAAAAUUAACUCCGACGGAAAGAUUCUUCCUAAUCAUACUUUAAGUUAUGAAAUCUGUAAUACAGGUGAUAUCGAUUCUGUAACUGCCAUUCGAAGAAUGACAGAACUUAAAGAAAAAGGUGUUGUAGGAUUUAUCGGUCCUGAUCAUAACUGUGCAUGUGAGGCAGCUGUUGCCAGUGCUUGGAAGAUACCAAUGAUAACUUACAUGUGUGCUGAUGAGAAAAUAUCUAACAAAACCUUAUAUCCUUUGGUAGCAAGAACUCUAUCUCCAACUUCUCAUGUGUCGAUGUAUGUGGUAUCAACUCUUCUUAAUUUUAAAUGGAAUAAAAUAGUAUUAAUAGUUUCCGAAGAUCCUUUCGGUGAACAAAUUAUAGAAUCCUCGAGACCUUUAUUUGCUCUUCACAAAAUUGAAGUAAUUGAAACUCGUUAUAUUCCUCCAAAUUAUAGAACAAAACACGAAGAAAAAAUUAAAGAUAUCGUUGAAACAACGUAUUUUAAAGCAAGAAGUAAGUUUUAGUCUCCACAUCAGUAAUGUUUUAUUAUAAUUCUAAAUAUCUUGAAAAAAUAUUUUUUUAUAAUUAAUUAAAGAACGAUCUAUUUUAAAA